AUGCCUCACCGUGCGAUACCGGCAGCGAGGCAAAACGUAACAGAAGCACUAUGGAGGAAGCAGUUCAGUGCAUCAACGAGAACUCUCAAGACUGCGCCCUCUCGAGCAUUGAAUCAACGACCUGGUGCGCCACAAUCCCAAUUCCGAUGGUCGCAAAGCCAGGGCUCAAGUUGGUUCACGUCUCGGCUCGAUACGAUAUUUCAUUCAUCACGCCGGACAUUCCGGUUCUCCUCUAGGCAAAGCAAUUCGGCAAACGGGACUGCCAAGGAGUCGCUUUCGCUUAGCCAAAGGCUGAAGAAGCUUUCGCGAGAGUAUGGUUGGUCCGCCGUUGGCGUGUAUCUCGCCUUGAGCGUACUUGAUUUCCCGUUUUGUUUUCUGCUUGUGCGGAUCGUUGGAACGGACCGAAUUGGCCAGCUGGAGCACUGGGUAGUGUCCCACGUUAAAAAAGUGAUCCCUGAUUCGGUUAAGAAUUGGUGGAACGAAUACAGAGCUGCACUCAGCAAGGCCGAAUCUGAGCAGCUGGGAAACGACGACAUCAGCGAGGCUGUUGAGAUGGCAACCUGGGGAGUCGAGGAAGCGCAGCGCGCUAAUAAAGCGGAAGCCAGCUUGGGAACUCAGUUGGCUUUGGCAUAUGCAAUCCAUAAAAGUUUCAUUUUCCUCAGAGUGCCUCUGACCGCCGCGGUAACGCCAAAGGUUGUCAAGGUGCUCAGAUCAUGGGGAUGGCAGAUCGGCAAACGGCGGAGCAAAUGA